CAUUCACGCAUUAUGCUGGGAUUGAAUUAUGCGAGCAGCGACGAAGAGGAGGAAGUCGCUGCUCCAGUCAAAGAGCAGACGCAGACAAAAUUAACUAGUCAACAGGCCUCUGUCAACCCCUCCGUAGCCCUUACACACAAUGCGACCAAAUCUAGUGGGCCAGCUCUGGCUCCCGCAACACAAACCAAGGAUGGAGCAGGCAGUGAGGGUCCCGUCGUAGGACCAACACUGGGGCCGUCUGCCACUUCACCGCCAGCAGAUCCUGUAGCAGAAGGCGAUUCCGCGCCUCUAUCGCCGUAUUCUACGUCUCGACUCAUCAUUCGAAAUCUUACAAUGCCACCCAUACCAAAUUUCGAUAUUCCACCCUCUCCACCGGGCUCCCCUCGACCCGGUCCUACAGCAAGAUUCGCGCAGUUUUUGGAGUUGAAGAAGCGGGGAGUACAUUUCAAUGAGCGAAUUGAGAAGACAUCAGCUUUGAGGAAUCCCAGUCACCUACAGAAGUUGAUGGAGUUCGCGGGCAUCAGCGAGACUGACCAGUAUGCGUCAACUCUGCCAGAGGAGCUGGCUAUUCCUUCUAAGUUUCCGGAAUGGGCAUACGCAGAUCAGCUGGUUGCUAGUCAAAAAGAGAUCACGAAACAGCGCGAGGCAGAGCAAGCAAGAGUGCAGAGGGAAGCGAUUGAAUUUGUUCCAGCUUCGGCCUCUGGAGCUUCGAGCAGGGCUGCUACGCCCGGAGGGUACCUUUCUAGAGGUAGUGGGGCAGAGAGAGUCAUGGCUGGAUUGGAUAGAGAAAAGCCUGGUCCAUCUUUGGUUCAGGAUCGCAGCAAGCGGAAGGAGUAUGAGCAUCGAGGUGGGCGGGACGAACCUCGAAGACGGAGGUUCCAUAGCAGAUCGCGGUCUCCAAGGCGGAGACGCUCACGGCCAAGAUGACGUGUUGGCAGAGAUGCUCAUAUUCAAUUUCAAAAGGCCUUAUACCCAAUACACAUACAUG